AUUCUCAAGGCAAACACUAGCCGGAGAGCUAGGCUAGCAAAUCUGUCAGAUAAUCUUACAGCUAUGAUAUAAUCCUCCUUUAGCCUCUUCACCGACUUAAAGUAUAAGUACAAAACAGUUUACUAAAACGCUCGUCUCUAGCAUUCUACCAUUAGCUUCUAGUCUGUUCGCUGCGUGGCCUAAAUUAGAGGCUGAAACACCCAUUUUUCCUUUGAAUCAUCUCAGUCUACAAGCUAGCUAACUUAGUAACGUUAACGUUAGCUGCACAGCCACCAUGGCUGAAUUUGGAUUUAAUGAACACCAUCAGAAUGAAGUCAUCAAUUACAUGCGGUUUGCACGAUCAAAGAGGGUCCUGAGACUAAAGACUAUUGAUUCCUGCUUUGAAGAGCUCAAAGACAGCAGGCUGGUGGAGGAAACCUUCACAGUGGACGAGGUAAAGGAGAUGCUGGAUGGGCUGCAGGCGGUGGUGCGUGGGGAGGUGGAGAUGGAGCUCAUCAAUACAGCCCACACUAAUGUGCUGCUGCUCAGGCAGCUCUUCUCACAGGCAGAGAAGUUUUACCUGCGUCUGCAGAGUGAUAUCUCAGAGCUGGAGAACAGGGAGCUGUUAGAGCAAGUGGCUGAAUUUGAGAAGACAGACUUUAAAACCACUGAUAAGAUAAACCAGGAAACAAGCAAACCCAAGUUAGCACCACUGAAUGAAGGUGGAGUGUCUGAACUUCUUAACAAGGAGAUAGCAAGACUACAGGAGGAGAAUGAUAAACUGAAAGCCAGGCUGCGGACUUUAGAAGCCCAGGCAAUGAGUGCCCUGGACGAGAGAACCAAGGCAGAGAGAGCUCUGAAAGACCUUCAGAAGGUGCAAGGUGAACAGCAGUUUGCUGCGCAAUCCAAGGAGAUCAGCAGUCUUGAGGACACUGUGGCAGCUCUGAGGGAGGACUAUGAGAGGUCUCUUAGUGCCAACACUGCCUCCCAGAAGGAUCUGCAGGAGAACCUGAUCUCUGCCAAACAUGAACUUCUGCGAGUGCAGGAGCAGCUCUCCUUGGCAGAGAAGGAGUUGGACAAGAAGUUCCAGCAAACUGCAGCCUACCGCAACAUGAAGGAGAUCCUGACCAAGAAAAAUGAGCAGAUCAAAGAAAUUAGGAAACGAUUGCAGAGAUAUGAGCCCAAUGAAUGAGUUGUACCAAAGACAGCUUGUUAAACAGGUGUCCAGAGCGUGAGACAGGACCAAAAUUUACGACUGUGGUUUGGACAAGAAACCGUCAGUUCCACUGCUGUGAGACAAGAGAGACAGAAACAAAGCACCUCCACGAGGAAUUGUUUAUUCAUGCUUUAUCUGGCAUCUUCAGUAGUUAUUGGCUUUAGUAAAGAGUGUGUGUGUGUGUGUGUGUGUGUGUGUGUGGGUGGGUGUGGGGGGAGGUCGCAAGUACACACAUCUGAUCACACUAAUGAGGUAGUGAUAAAUGAUAGCCUUCUUCAGCUGUGCUUCUUUUCUACGUCUCAGUUUUGGAGCUCACUUACAGUAGCUAGCAGACUUCCCUCAGUGCUCUAUGCAAUUACUGUCACGUCCCUGUUUGAAGAGGCCUUGUCCGUUUGCUGAUUUGGACAGAUACACACUGUCUGCCUGAAGAAUUGGAGUCUUAUCUAUCAGAUGGUUAUAGGUGAUGUUUAGCUCUCUAGCACUGGGUAAUUGAUAUUAUUUUAGCAGCCCCCCUUUUUUAGUUAAAAUGCAAACAUUGUUGAGCUAGACCCCAGCAAACCUUUUGUUUAAUAACCAGCAGCUUCAAAAUAACGUUUCCUGACCGUCUGAGGUCAACCCCGCUUUAAUUUGUUACCUAAAGAUUUAAUAGCAUUCCACAUAAAAUAUUUCCAAUGAUCUGACAUUCUGUGAAAGUCUGAUCAUCGAAAAUAUACCAAAACAUUCUCGCAUUUAUUUUUUCUGCUCUUGCAUAUUGAAUGACGUGGAUCACGGUCUAGAAUGAUUUCCCUACUUCCCCAAACAAAGGGCAUAGAAUAUUUUUGUCUGGAAUCUUUAACUGUGUACUUUUCGUAUUGAUGUGGGUGAUGGAGUGGAAGGUUUAAAAAAAUGAAUAUAUACAUGAUGUUCAUGAAGCAAUGCUCUUGUAGAGUAUGAUACAUCUACCCUAUAUUACACUAGAUGUGCAUUUGUUUGUAUUGUGCAAAGUAUGGGGUAAUAAAAGCUGUU